GCACCUGUAAAUUCUAUUGUGGCCCGUUUGUCACUGGUCCUCAAUAAGGAAAUUCCAACUUCCAAGUAUUCAUUUCCGAGAAACCCGGUUGUUUUGUCAGAAAAAAUUGAUGAUUUAAUGAUCAAGAAGUUUUCAGUUUUAUUUUAUUUUUUAAAACAGAGUUUCGAUUUCACAUUAGUCAACAUUAUUUGCUUUCCAAAUGGCGGGGACAGUUCGUAUUUCGCCGGACGAAUUGGUCGACGUUUUAGCAAAAUUAGCAAAGGACAAUAAUCUUCAAGUGUCAGUGAAACAGAGUUUAAAAGGAGGGGUUAUUGCUGGAACCGGAGCUACGGUUGGAGGAUUGCUUGGAGGUCCAAUUGGCAUCGGUGUUGGUGCCACGAUUGGUGGCAUGAUUGGUGCAUGGUCAACAAGUGGAACAUUCAGGUCAGUGUACUCAAUAUUACAAGAACUAACUCCAAUUGAGAAGGAGAAAAUGCAUCGAUCCAUCAUGACAGCUAUUGGAGAUGUGGGCCUGUUGGAUCUUGUUGCCUUUGCAGCACUGAUAGCCACAGAUCAAGUGUAUAAACAGCAAAUGCUUGGGGCUAUGUUUGAAUACUUUAAAAAUGAAUUUCAAAUGGAAAUUGUUGAGUAGUUUGUGGAAAAUGUAAAUUGCAUGCAUUAGUACUAUAAAUAGUAUUUGUACAUUUACUGGAAACUUUACCAUAUUCAGACAUUCUGCUUUGCGAUCUUAUUCAAACCAGAAUUUUCUUUCAA